AGCAGCAGCAAGUCACUGUUGACCCAAGUUAAACGCCAAAAAAGCACGAACUUCCGUGUAUCUUCUCGGCAAUCUCUUCUCUCUCUUGCAGUUCUGCAGAAAUUUCGCCGUCUUCCACGUCCCACUUGGGCCGUUCGUGAUCUCCAAAUCUCUCUGAUUCUCUUUCUUCAUCUUCGACAGACUUUUUAGUGCAUGUGGAUCAGUGUUACUUGUACUUCGACUGAUUCGAGAGGGCUUCGAAGUUCGUCCCUUCGCGGUCAUAUGCAUUCGGUUCUGCUGUUUUCACUUGCUUAUUUGUGGAAGAACGGGUCUUUUUUCUAUUUUUCUUUUUUCGGCGGUUUUCUAUGAGCUGCGUGAUCUUCCCUUGAUCUGUGGGGAUUUAUCUUUUCUGGGUAAUCCAAGUUUUAGUACAAUAAAGUGCGAAGGAUCUCACUUUCCUCCGAGAAAGUACUCAAUUUACAGAGUUGCCUUGAAGAGGGGUUUUGCUCAAGCAGAGAAAAGUUCUGAGCACCUGUGGACUCUGUGUUUCCGGGUUCUUGAGGAUUUGGCUCUUUAUGUUUGUGGAAGGUCCAAUUUGUGGCUUGAUGCAUAUUUGAGGACACAGCCAGGGGUUCCAACUCUUGAAAAUGCCAUUGUUUGAGCUAUUUAGGAGGGCUCAAGAGAAGCUUAAUUCAAGACAAGACAAGGGCCAAUCAUGUUCAGCAGAUCUGUCAUUCAUACCAGAGGAUGGGUUUGUUGAGCUUAUAUGGGAGAAUGGUCAGGUCGUGAUGCAAGGACAGUCCAGUAGGCCCAAAAAGAGCCAACCUGGUUUUGGUUUACUGUCUGAAUUCACUUCUCAGAGCCCUUGGAUUAGCGAUAAAGAUGUGGGCAAUGGCGCUGCUUCGAAUUCUAAAAAGUCUGAGGCAGAGCCGGACUCUGGGUUGAGUGAAUUCCCAAUGUCCUCACCGCCCAGAGAAAUGUGUUUGACGCAUGAUGAGGACAUUGUUCCUUGGUUUAGUUGUCCCAUCAAUGAACCUUUGCAAAAUGAUUACUGCUCUGAUUUCCUGCCUGAAUUAUCAGGUGUCCCGGUAAAUGAGCUUUCCAAUCUGUAUAGUUUUGAUUCGACCCAAAAGAGUAACAAUAAAGAGGUUGGUCCAGCGGGUGUGAACGGUGCCAAGGUUCCCUCUGCAGCAGACGUUGAGAUAACUGGAAUGGGAAUGAAUACAGCACUGCCAUCUCUUCAGCAAGGAGUCAUGGAUGCUAUGGGCUCUAGUAAAUGUGGUAUCACCUAUGAUUCUACUUUUGGAGACUUUAGUCGAUUACCAAGAUUAGCAGUUGGAUCUACAAGUGAAAAAGGUCAAGCUAAGGACGCAACACCAUCUGCCAAAAAUUCCAAUUUUAUCAACUUCUCUCAUUUUGCAAGGGUAGCCACUCCUUCCCAUGCCAAUGUAGAGAACAAUGCCAGAGCCAGUGGCUCGGAUUCAUUGAUCUUGGACAGAGCUGCACGCAAAGAGAAGUGUUCUUCAACUAAUGAUAGCAUUAUGGCUGAUAAUCUGGCGAGUAACUUGAGUGUUUGUCCAAGGACGGAAGCAAGUUCAAAUUGCCAAGUUCAAAGGGAGCAACUGAUGGUUGCCUCAAAGCCUUUGAUUUGCCAAGGAGAUGCUUUGAAGAAUGAUAAAAGUGCUGAUCAAAGUUGUUGUGCCAGUUCGAGUAAAGGAUCACCAGAUAAUGAGAAGAUGACAGAGCUUGCUGCUUCUACUUCCUCUGCUUCUACUUCAGAUGCUCCAUCAUGCAGUUUAAAGAGGAAAUGUCCUAGCACCAACAAUUCUGAAGCCCUUGCUGAAGAUGUUGAUGAAGAUUCAGUUGGCGUGAAAAAGCAGCAGCAGCAGCUGCUCGCAGUACUAGUUCCAAGAGAAGCCGAGCAGCCGAAGUACAUAAUUUAUCUGAAAGGAAAAGGAGGGACAGGAUCAAUGAGAAGAUGCGUGCAUUGCAAGAACUUAUACCAAACUGCAAUAAGGUGGACAAAGCAUCUAUGCUUGAUGAGGCCAUUGAGUAUCUGAAGACGCUUCAACUCCAAGUGCAGAUGAUGUCAAUGGCAAAUGGCUUGUACAUGCCGCCAAUGAUGUUUCCGACAGCAAUUCAGCGCAUACAUCCAUCACAGAUAGCUCAAUUUGCGCCAAUGGGUAUUGGGAUGGGUUUGGGUAUGGGCAUGGUUGGUGUAAAUUGUGGAACACAUGUCCCUGUGCCUCAUGUGUCUGCCUCGACCGCUUUGCACAGUACAGCUGCACCAAACUUUCCAUUGAUGGGUCUUCCUUGUCAAGGACUUCCUAUGUCGAUGCCAUGUCUGUCGUCCUUAGUUCCAUUUCCAGGAGUGCCUCCUCUAAAGCCAGGAACAGGGUCAAAUACCUCUGCCUUUGUAGGGCCGGGUACUAUGGAAAAUACAGAUGCAGCCAUCCCUUCCAGUGUAAAGGAAUCGACACAGAAUGUCAAUAGUGCCAGCUGCAUAACAAAUCAUACAUCCACUCAGUUCCAAGCAAGAAAUGGCGAUUUUCAAAAGCCUACAUCAGUGCAAGCUGCUUGUCCAGACUCUGAUAUCAAUGUAGGUGGGGUUGCUGAUUCUGUUGACUGAAACAGUACUAGAUUUGUUAGAGAAGAUUGCAUUUCAUGAUUGGUCCUUGAUGGAGAGGUAUUUGUUUGGUGGAGUAACACCAAUGAAGAUUUCCCUCUUUUGCCUUCUCUGCAACUUCUGUUACACAACUAGAAACCCUUGUUUGGGUCAACGAGGUUAAAAAUUUAAGAUGACCAGUUGAAUUAGGUGUCGUUCAACUAGCCAUAGCACAGAUUUCGGUUGGCGGCAGAAGCUUAUUUUACUGUUGACUCUUAGAUUUGUCUUACAUAACAAAUUAAGCAUCAUUUGUUAAUCUGAUGUAUAAAUAGAAUAAAGAAAUGUUUCCUCAAUCACAUUAAAUGAAUUGUGUUUUUCCAAGUGCAA